GAAAUAUUUAAUGAUUCUUCAGAUUGUUGAUACGAUUUUGGAGUAGCUCUUACGUUGGAGAAAUCGGAAUAAUAAUCAUGUUGAUUGUUUUGCUGAUAAAUUUUCAUAUAAAUAGCUCACUGAAUUUAAUUUAAUUUCGUCAAAAUGUGUCCCAAACUCAGCAUUUUUGCUAUUAUCGCCAUUACAACUAUUUCGGUUGUAUUGGCGGCGACGAAUAAUAAGAGAUUUCCUAAGGAUUUCCUCUUUGGAACAGCCACAUCUGCUUAUCAAAUCGAAGGAGCAUGGAACGCAGAUGGAAAAUCCGAAUCGAUGUGGGACAACUACGUCCACAAUACUCCUGGAUUUGUGGCCGAUAACAGUUCCGGCGACGUAGCCUGCAACUCCUAUUACCAAUGGAGAGACGAUGUGAACAUACUGAAGGAGAUGGGCGUCAAUCAUUACCGAUUCUCCAUCGCUUGGGCGCGAAUUCUGCCUACAGGUUUCAGCGACCACAUCAACGCCAAAGGCGUCAAAUACUAUCGACGUCUGAUCAAAGAACUGAAACAGCACAACAUCGAGCCCAUGGUGUCCAUGUUCCACUGGGACAUACCCCAAGCUCUGCAGGACCUCGGCGGCUUCUUGAACCCGAAGGUGGCCGAUUGGUUCGCCGACUACGCCCGGACUCUUUACGAGCUCUUCGGGGACGACGUCAAGUACUGGUUCACGUUCAACGAGCCCAAGACCUACUGCAACGGCGGCUACGGCUUCGCCUACAACCCCCCGAGGAUUCCCUCGCAAGGGCUGAAGGAAUACGAGUGCUCGCACAAUUUGUUGAGGGCCCACGCCAAGGCUUACAGGGUGUACGACGAGGAGUUUAGGAGUAAACAGAACGGUCAAAUCUCUAUCGUUCUGGACUCCAUGUGGUUCGGACCUGCUUCUAAUACCACAGAAGACAAAAAGGCGGCAGAACAAGCGUUUCAUUUUGAACUCGGCUGGUACGCCAAUCCGGUUCACUACGGGGACUACCCGGACGUGAUGAAAUCCCGCAUAGCAGCGCGUAGCGCCGCAGAAGGUCGCAACCACUCCCGCCUGCCGGAGUUCACGGCCGAAGAAAAGGCCCAAUUAACCAACAGCACCGAUUUCUUCGCCCUCAACACGUACACCGGCAACCUGGUGUCGGCCAUACCGGAGCCGGCCAUCACGGACCCACCGUCCAGGUUCGGGGACAUGGGCGUGAACAACUUCUACGACAAGUCGUGGGAGACCACCACGUUGGAUUGGUUCAAGGUGGCCCCGUGGGGGAUGAGGGUGCUGCUCAAGUGGGUGAAGGAUACCUACGGGGAUCCGGCAAUCGUCGUCACGGAGAACGGGUAUCCGGAUCACGGGGGUCUGGAUGACGCCAAGAGGUUGAAAUACCACCGGGAUUAUUUAAGUUAUACUCGAGAUGCGAUGAUUGAAGAUGACGUUAAAGUGUUUGGAUAUACCGCGUGGAGUUUAAUGGACAAUUUCGAAUGGGCCUCUGGUUAUACGCAAAAAUUCGGAUUGUAUUCUGUCGAUUUCGAAAGUGAUGACAAAACGAGAACACCUAAGUCCUCGGCGAAAUAUUUCCGAAAAGUUUGUAAAACAAAGUGUUUAGUCAGCAAAUGCGUGGAUUAAUCCUUUGUAUAUAUUAUUGUGUAUAGAACUUAAUAAAAAAUUAUUUGAUUAUUUAUAAAUGGUAUUCGUUUUAUUUAUUUAUUUCGUCGGGUUACAUAUCCAAUAGUAACAACUCUAAUAACCCGUAAGAACUUUACUAUACCUCACCAAAUGUAGUUUGGCACUUAAAAUUGCCUUAGACGCGCAAAUGGGGAGAAAAAAUUGGAGCAAAUUAAUGAAAGGAUGAGUUUGAUAAAAUAUGCUUUUUUUGACACUUUUUGAAACGAGGUUUGAAGAAAUAUAAGAAAUCUCGAUGAAAAUAUAGAUACAUAUAAAGUAAAUCAACUAUGACAAUGGGAAUUUUGGUACCAAGCUACGUUUGGUGAGGUAAGUAAUCUAAAUAUCGUUUCAUAUUCGAUAAAUGCUUAAUCAAUAAUAGAAAAUAAUCCAUUCUUAAUCUACUAUCUCCCUUCUUUAAAUUACUACUGGGCGUCCAUUUUCUUCAAAAUUCCAACCACCAAGCAACACGGAAUAUUCUAAAUGGAUAAUUAAUCAACAACUGACUAAACGAAACAAAUCAAAUAUCACGACUUCGAAUACACUUCCGGUAAUUUGUAUCUCUGAAUUUUAUGCGUAGAAGUCAUAGGUAUAUCGCUGACGAUCUUAAGGCCCCCUCUGAGCCUUUCCCAAUCGGAGACGAUUCCAUUAUAAUAAUCCUCGAUGUCCUCGACGGUGCUCGUCGCCCGCGCUUUUAACGUCACGCAAGCCGCAGGAAGGCCGUCCUGCGAGCAAAACACGCCGGCUUCCAGGACGUCGGGAUGCCCUCGAAGGAUGUGCUCCAAGUGGCUCGGCCUGAUGAAAUAGUCGCGGGAUUUAAACGUCUCCGACAGCCGCCCGACGAUGUAGAAGCAUUCAUCUUCGUCGUAGUAGCCGAGGUCCCCUGUUUUGAAGAAACCCUCAUCGUCCAGGUAA